CAGAUGUCAGUAGAUGAGUUUGAAGAUAGAGAUGACAAGUGUGUAAACUGUCUGGAGAUCAACCCUCGAGAAGUGAAGAUCAAGUGCGAGGAAUGUCCGGAGGGCCUCAUACUUUGUUUAGAAUGUUUCAGUUGUGGUGUGGAGGUGGGACAGCACAAGAAACAUCACAGUUACAGCUUUUUUGAUCCCGGAAGUUUUCCUCUAUUUACCCCAGAUUGGUGUGCUGCUGAUGAGUUACAGCUCCUAGAUGCUCUGGAGGAAUAUGGUUAUGGUGAUUGGGACCAGUGCACACGGUACUUAACAGACCGUACUCCUGGUGAGAUCUGCAGCCAUUUUGAAGAGUUCUAUCUCAGUGGAGUUAUUGCCAAUUAUCUGAAGGAUGUAUUACGAGAUCCAGCCGCUAAAUCGUGUUUACUCUCCCCCAGUCUGACUGUUACUCCAAUGAGGGUCGAGGUAAACAAAACAGAUUGUCUAGAGUUGGGCUACCUUCCUAAACGGGAUGAUUUUGAGCGUGAGUAUGACAAUACUGCUGAGGAGCUGAUCAGCAAACUCGUGGCUACUCAUAACGAUGAACCAAUUGAGGCAAAGCUGAAGUUCACACAAGUUCAAAUUUACAAUAAGAGGUUGAAGGACAGGGCUAUGAGAAAGAAAAUAGCAAGAGAGUACGGUUUGGUGUGUGACAAACAGAGAACUGUUGUGGUUAAGGGAAAGAAAAUGGAUCAGAAAGAACUACGUUCAAAAUUGCUUCCGUUUGCCAGAUUCAUGACUUGUACUCAGUUUGAUAAAUUAGCAUGUGGGUACACUAAAUCUGAGAAACUGAAGGAUAAAAUAGAAGAGCUACUUGCCUUCAGAAAUCAAGGAGUUGCUAAGAUGAAUGAUAGUCGAGAGUAUGAGGUUAGGAGAAUGCAGCGAGAAAAGAGGAGACAAUGCACCUCUAAAUCAGAAAAAGAAAUCGGAGAAUUUUCUGACUCGAAAAGUUUGUCAAAAAACGAAAAAGACUUGUGUUCGUCUUUGCAGUUAACGCCUCAGAAAUACAUGUCUGCUAAAAUGUGCAUAAUAAGAGAAAAACUACACCGAGAUCUUGGUCUGGCUAGCAGUAGCAAGGCUAGUAGGUUCCCUGACUCUGUUACCAACCUUUCAACAAUAGAAAGAUCGAAAAUAACUGAGUAUUUACGAUCAGCUGGUUUUAUAUCACUAGCUACCUAGCUGGAUCUAAAGCUAGGUAUAAAUUAUUUAUAACCAAUCAAUAUCUUUAUAGUAGUUACGUGAAUUAAGUAAAUGUU